AUGGCAAGCCUUCACCCCUUCGAUCCCAUCACACCUGGAGAGAUCCAGGUGGCAGUCUCCGUUUUGGAGUCCGCCUUCCCUGGUGUCAAGCUGCGCUACAAGCGCAUCGAUCUCCAGGAACCAGCCAAGCAUGAAGUGGUCCCAUACCUCGAGGCUGAACGCCUUGGUAAGGUCCGCCCGCGCAAGCCAGCCCGCUUGCUGAUGGCCCUCUUCCACCGGUUGGACAACGGGUCCUUUUUCAAGGCUCUGAUCAACGCAGACACCAAGUCCAUCGUGUCAGCGAAAGAGUUGCCCAAGGAUGUCCAGGGACCUGCAGAUGUUGAUGAAAUGAUCGAGAUUGAGCAGAUUUGUCUUAACCACCCAGCUGUCAAGGCCGAGAUUGAAAAAUUGAAGCUUCCAGCUGGCCACACUGUCUGCAUGGACCCUUGGAUCUACGGAACUGAUGACGCGGCGGAGACUCGGCGUUUGUUUCAGUGCUACAUGUACAUCGUGGCCGUUGAUCACCCACAGAACAACCAGUAUUCGCUACCCUGCCAAUUCUCCCCGGUCAUCGAUGGCAUCACCCACGAGCUGGUCAGGAUGGAUUAUUUACCUGGUGGGGCCGAUGCUCGGACCACCGAGACCCAGCCCUGGAAGCAGGUUCCUACUGUGCAAUACGCGCAUGAACUGCUCGAUGAGCCUCUGCGAACAGACUUGAAGCCUUACAUCGUCCAGCAACCGGAGGGAGCGUCAUUCAAUGUCAUUGGCAACGCCGUGUCAUGGCAGAAGUGGCGGUUCCGCGUGGGUUACAACAACCGAGAGGGUCUGGUACUGCACAACGUGACCUACGAUGGUCGCAACACCUUCUACCGCCUCUCGCUCUCUGAGAUGACAGUCCCCUACGGCGAUCCUCGUCCGCCUUACCACCGCAAGCAGGCCUUUGACGUUGGUGAUGUCGGCUUUGGUAUCACCGCCAACCAACUGACCCUCGGUUGCGACUGUCUCGGACACAUCAAGUAUUUCGACGGCUACCGCACAGACGCACAAGGAACUCCAAUCCAACUCAAAAAUGUCAUCUGUAUGCACGAACAGGACAAUGGCCUCCAGCACAAACACACCAACUACCGCACUGGCGCAGCGACUGUCGUCCGCAACCGCCAACUCGUGAUCCAGAUGAUCUGCACCGUCGGGAACUACGAAUACAUCUUCGCCUACAUCCUCGACCAAGCAGCGAACAUUGAGCUCGAGGUUCGGGCCACCGGUAUCCUCUCCACAGUUCCCUUUGACAACUCAAACGGCGAGACCGUACCAUGGGGCACCAACGUCGGACCAGGCGUUAUGGCCCCAUUCCACCAGCACAUGUUCUCACUCCGCAUCGACCCCGCCAUAGACGGCUUCAAGAACACAGUCUACUACGAAGACAGUGUCCCCAUGCCCGAGGAUGACAAGAACCCAUGGCUCGUCGGGUACACGACCGAACAGAACGUCAUCAAGUCCAGCGGCAGCGCCUUCACAAGCGUCGACCGCCACCGCGUCUUCAAAAUCCGCAACGACUCCAUCAUCAACCCCAUCACCCACCACCCAAUCGCCUACAAGCUCCAAACCAGCCCCAGCCAGAUGAUGCUCGCUUCGCCGAAAUCCUUCGGCAACAAGCGCGCUCGCUUCGCGAACCGUCCGAUCUGGGUUACCAAAUACCAGGACGACGAGCUCUUCGCCGCCGGCGAGUUCACAAAUCAAAGCAAGCAGUCCGAGGGUGUCGAUGUGUGGGCUGGACGCAACGAUGCAGUCGAGAACGAAGAUGUCGUUCUCUGGCACACCUUCGGCCUCACUCACAACCCCCGCAUUGAGGAUUUCCCCGUCAUGCCCAUGGAGCGCGUCAGUGUGAUGCUCAAGCCGGACGGAUUCUUCACUAAGAACCCUGCGCUGGAUGUACCUGCCUCAACUCAGUCGUUCAAUAAGUCGACUGAGCACCCGGAGCCGGCUUGCUGUGCUGCUCCUCAGGAGCGGGGACAGGUGAAGCUGUAG